UCUUCAACAAUCUAAUCUCCUGUUUCAUUCUUCUAUAAAAUCACGCAAAGCAAUUCUGUACCUAACAACUUCUAGCUCUCUUAACGACCGUACCGAUGAAGAGAGAGGGUCGUCAACACGGUGUUGUUCGGAGCUACAUGAUCCUGCCGACUACCUUGUCUCAACGGAAAUACGUAAAGACGGUAGACUCCGCCUCCGUCGCCGGUAUGUUCACCAAGGUAUCAAGGAAGCCAACAAAUCAGUCCAAGUUCACCGGGAAAUGUGGUAAGGCACGAUGCGUCGGUUGUCAUAUCCAUCCGGCUACUAAGUCGAAAGACAAGGCCAAGGGCACCAUGAAGUUGAGAUCAAUCGGAUCUGAUCCCGGAUUAAUUGGUUAUCCUACUGGUACGUCGGCUACCGGCGUUUUAGCUGACUUAUCUAGCGACGCAAGUUAUGAUGAUGGCGAUGAAUAUGAUGGCGCAAUUGAGGAUUGUGACUAUGAUUACCAUGAGGAUACUAAUUGUAACGUCGAAAUUGGGAUUGGACUUGCGUCGAUUGUAACAGUGGAGCAAAUUGGGGGUGAAGAUAAAGAUGAUUGUAUGAGUUAUUGUGAUGUAGGAUUGUGUUGGGGAGAAGGAGAUGCAGAUGAGAAUGGAGAUGAUGGAUGGUAUUUGGUUGGAGAUAUUCAGCAGUGAUCCAAUUUAUAUGAUCAAAACUGGGGUCAUCACUUCAUCAUAAUGUUCUUCCUUGUUUAUAUUCAAAGGUAUUAUUCCUUUACUGGUUUCUAACUUGUACAAUAAUGUAAUGGAGUCAUAAAUGUUUAAUAAAAUUGUUGAUGCGUGUGUAUUUUGUAUUCUGUGAA